UGGCAUUUACAGCGACCCAGUGUUGCCAAACACAGCAUAAUACAAACAACAACCAGGAAAGGAGGGCUUCACUCAGCCUGCCAUUGGGGCAACAAAUGCACCCAGAAGGGGUAUAAAAGCCAGCACCCUGGGUACCUCACACACACACACUCACUCACACACUCACACUCACACACACAGUCACACCACCUCCUCCAGCCAACCACCCAGCAUGGCCACCUCCACCCUUUCCGCCUGCUCCAGUGACCUGAGCUACGGCAGCCGGGUCUGCCUGCCUGGGUCCUGGGGCUCCUGCACUGGCCCCUCCUGGCAGGGGGAUGACUGCCCCAAGAGCUGCUGCGAGCCCCCCUGCUGUGCCCCCAGCUGCUGCCAGUCCAGCUGCUGCGCCUCGGCCCCCUGCCUGACCCUCGUCUGCACCCCCGUGAGCUGCGGGUGCAGCCCCUGCCAGUCAGCCUGCACCAGCUCAUGCACACCCUCCUGCUGCCAGCUGUCUAGCUGCCAGCCCCCCUGCUGUGAGACCUCCUCCCCAUGCGAGCAGGUCUGCUGCGUGCCCGUCUGCUGUAAGCCCGUCUGCUGCAAGCCCGGGUGCUGUAAGCUGGUCUGCUGCACGCCUGUCUGCUGUGAGGCCUCCACUUGCCCAACUUCCUCAUGCUGCCAGCCGUCUAGCUGCCAGCCCUCCUGCUACACUUCCUCCCCCUGCCAGCAGGCCUGCUGCAUACCUGUGUGCUGUAAGCCCAUGUGCUGUGUGCCCAUCUGCUCUGGGGCGGCCCCCUGCCCAGCUCCCCCGUGCUGCCAGCCCACCCUCUGCCCUCCGUCCUGCUGCAGACCCUCCUCCUGCAUGUCCCUCAUCUGCCGCCCCAUGUGCAGGCCCGCCUGCUGUGCCCCUGCCUCCCCCUGCUGUGCCCCCGCCUCCCCCUGCCAGCCUAGCUGCUGCCGCCCAGCCUCCUGUGUGUUCCUGCUCUGCCGCCCCGCGUGCGCCCGCCCCGCCUGCUGUGGCCCCACCCCGGCCCAGAAGUCCUGCUGCUGAUGGGGUGCAUCCCCCAACCCUCCUUGGACCAACUCUGACUUUCACGUGGAAUCUUGGGAGCCUUGAGCCCUGUCUGGGCUCUCCUUCUGCCCCAGAUCUCCCACCUCUGCAGUCUGUGCUGAGCCCUCCCCGCCCACCGGCCCCAGUGGCUGGCUCUAUUUCCUCCACAUCCUGCGUCUCACUAGGUCCUACUCUCCAUCCUGGCUGGACUCUGGUGACAAUGUCCUGCUCUCUGUAAGUGACCUGUCUGUAACAAUAAAGCCCCUGCCUGUCUCUCUCUGAAGGUCUUGAAUGCAUAUCUGGGUGAAGCAUGGGGAUAAGGGCUGAUGUGGCCUGGGCUUCCCUGAGACCUGGCUGUGGGCUGCAUCUGGGGCAACAACACCACUGGGCAGGCCAGGCCUACCAGGUUGCCUUGCAGCCUCCAGCUCAGAUAGACCUGCCUACUGGAGCCGCCUGUGCCUCUCAGACAUCAGUGAGGGAUGGGGGCCGCUUGUCCAGGCCCUGGGCCUGUCACACUGAGGCCUUGGGGCUUUGCUAGGGGCAAAGGAGACCCCACUUAGUAAAGCAUCUUCCUUUGGGGCAUGAAGCCCACCCAGGGCCAGCUUUGGGCAGGCUGGUGCCAAUCACCUCCAGCGACCCCAGGCUCAGAGCGGGUGCUCCCCGCUGUGUGAAGGUGCUAGGGUGGUGAGAGCCGUGUGCAGUGACCAUGGGGGCCUGUGUCAAUCAGGGCUGUCUGGGGAAAUAACUAAUGGGGCUGUGUGUGUGCACACAGCGAUUCACUUCGAGGACGUGGCUCACGGGGCUGUGCAGGCUGGAGGGUCAGAAGGCUCCAGGGCCAGCUCCCAGGGGCACCGUGGUGCUUCAGCCUGAGUGUGAAGGCCGUCUGCUGGUAGGAUUUCCUCCUUGGGGGACCUCAGUCUUUUCCUUAAGGCCCUCAACUGACUGAAGGGCCCACCCAUGUAUGGCAGAUAAUCUGCUUUGCUCAGUCUGCUGAUUCAAAGGUUAUUCUCAUCUAAGAGAUACCUUCAGCCCAGCGUCCAGAUGUGUUUGACCGAACAUCUGGGCACAUGCCUGGCCACGAAGACACAUAACAUUAACUGUCAUGGGGACCCAUAGCCGGGAUUCAGAUAUUUGGAAGUGGUGAGAGCUUGCUGGGUGCC